UGAGAGCAGCAAACAUGGCGGCGCCCGCGAGUGAAGUGCAGGUUGUUUCUGUCAAAAAGCCCGCAGUCCGAGGCCCACGGCGGGUUGCCAAUCAGAUUCCAAAUGAAAUCCUCCAAGACCCCGAGCUGCAGGAAGCAAUCAAAAGCCUGCCUUCAAAUUACAACUUUGAGAUCCACAAGACCGUUUGGAGAGUGAGACAAGCAAAAGCUACAAGAGUCGCUCUGCAGCUUCCAGAGGGCCUGCAGAUGUUUGCCUGCACCAUUGCUGACAUAAUCGAAAGGUUCACAGAGGCAGACACCAUCAUUAUGGGGGACGUAACCUAUGGGGCCUGCUGCGUGGACGACUUCACUGCCCGAGCCCUGGGAGCUGAUUUCAUGGUUCACUAUGGUCACAGUUGUCUCAUUCCUAUAGAUUCCACUGCAGGUAUUAAGAUGCUGUAUGUGUUUGUGGAUAUCCAGAUGGAUAAUGCACAUUUCUUGGACACAGUCAAGUUCAACUACCUUCCUGGGAAAUCCUUGGCACUUGUCAGCACAAUUCAGUUUGUGGCAGCACUGCAGGCUGUGAGUGCAGCUCUGAAGCCAGAGUAUGAUGUCAUUGUCCCCCAAUGUCGCCCUUUAUCACCUGGAGAAAUUUUGGGGUGUACUUCUCCACAUCUGGAUCGCCAUGUUGAUGCCAUAAUUUAUCUUGGUGAUGGAAGAUUCCAUUUGGAAUCUAUCAUGAUUGCAAACCCAGACAUUCCUGCUUACAGAUAUGACCCCUACAGCAAGGUGUUCUCCAGGGAAUACUUUGACCAUGAGGCCAUGCGUGCUUUAAGGCUGCAGGCUAUUGACAAGGCUCGGCUAGCCCAUAGAUGGGGCUUGAUCUUGGGCACACUAGGAAGACAGGGUAGUCCCAAAGUGCUAGAGCACCUCGAGUCAAGGAUUCAGUCUCUGGGCAAGUCUUACACACGAGUGCUUCUCUCUGAGAUUUUCCCCAGCAAGCUGGACCUGAUGCCAGAUGUAGAUGCGUGGGUCCAGAUCGCUUGCCCACGCCUUUCCAUCGACUGGGGGUCAGCCUUCUCCAAACCCCUACUGUCUCCCUAUGAGGCGACUGUAGCUCUGCAGGAGGUGAGCUGGAAGGAAGUGUACCCCAUGGACUUCUAUUCCAAUCAGAGCUCAGGGCCGUGGACGCCCAACCACCCUGACAACCAACCUGCGCGGCCCGCUCGUAGACAGACCCAGAAACAAGGCGCAGAGCCAGCCCUUCCUACCAAACAGUGUGAGCAGAGUCACAGCGCCCCCUGCGGCUGCCAUGGGGAAUGACACAUCGUGACCGCCACUGCCUUUUUAUUCAUCUCAUGCCUGAAGGAGGAGGUCAGAACAGAGGAGGAGUGUGGCCAGACCAGCUGUCAGCGAGCAAGACCAGAGCCAGAAGAGGUUUAAUCCUCCUCGUAAUGCUUACCGGACAGAUUUAAACCUCAGUCUUACAG